GGUGUGCUAGCUUCCAUUGCUUGGUUUGAUGCUUCCAUCUUUUCAGGUGUUUCUUCUUAUCAAAAUUUAGUAUUCGGUUCCAAUUCCACAAAGGCAACACAGAAGCCACAGUUCCCACUCAAAUGCUCCACAGGAAACCAGACACAAACGUGUCCAAGGGACUAUCCUACCACACGCAAUACAACCAAUCCUGACGCUUCAUUAAAAAUUACAUGCCCCUCAUUCUUCCGAUGGAUCCAUGAAGAUUUACGGUCCUGGAAGGAGAGAGGAAUCAGUAGAGACAUGAUCGAGCGGGCACGGAAGACGGCACAUUUCAGGCUGGUGAUUGUGAAGGGGAAAGCAUACGUAGAGACAUAUAGGAAGUCAAUACAGACCAGAGAUACGUUCACUUUGUGGGGUAUAUUGCAGCUUCUUAGGUUGUACCCUGGAAAAUUGCCAGACCUGGAGUUGAUGUUUGAUUGUGAUGAUCGUCCUGUGGUUAGGUCCAGGGAUUUCCGGGGUCCAGAUGCGCGCCCACCGCCUUUGUUUCGGUAUUGUGCGGAUGAAUGGAGCCUGGACAUUGUUUUCCCAGAUUGGUCCUUUUGGGGCUGGGCUGAGACCAAUAUUAGGCCUUGGAGAAGUGUUUUGAAGGAGAUAAAGAAAGGCAACCAGAGGACAGAAUGGAAGGACAGGGUGCCAUAUGCUUACUGGAGAGGCAACCCCAGCGUGGCCCCUACAAGGAAGGACCUUAUGAAAUGCAACAUUACCGACAAAAAUAACUGGAAUACCCUCUUAUACAUUCAGGAUUGGGUCAGGGAAUCUAAACAGCGGUUCAAACAAUCAAAUCUAGAGGAACAAUGCACCCACAGAUAUAAGAUAUAUACAGAAGGAUGGGCCUGGUCAGUAAGUGAAAAGUAUAUUUUGGCAUGUGAUUCAAUGACCUUAUACAUAAGGUCUCGUUUCUAUGAUUUCUUCAUCAGGGGCAUGGUGCCAUUGCAGCACUAUUGGCCCAUUAGGGAAAACAGCAAGUGCACAUCUCUCAAGUUCGCAGUGGAAUGGGGUAACCUUCAUCCUGAAAAGGCACAGGCCAUUGGAGAGGCUGCCGGUAACUUCAUACAAGAGGAUCUAAAGAUGGAUAAUGUAUAUGAUUACAUGUUUCAUUUAUUGAAUGAGUACGCCAAGCUCUUGAAAUUUGAACCCACAAUUCCUCCAGGAGCUGUCGAGCUGUGUCCGGAAACAAUGGCAUGUUCUUCAACUGGUAAUUGGAAAAAGUUCAUGGUAGAAUCCCUGGUAAUGUCUCCUAGCGAUACAAUUCCAUGCGCAAUGCCUCCACCUUAUGAACCCCAAGGGCUGCGGGAAUUUCUUGAAAGAAAAGCUAAUUCAACGAGGCAAGUGGAGAUGUGGGAAAACGAAUAUUUGCUUAGUAAAAAUAAAAAGCAAUAAAGCAAAAUUUGUAGCGUUAACUACCAAUAGCAAGCAAAUAUCCUCCAUAAAUAACAAAAUUUUGGACCUCAAUUCAUAAUUCUUUGUCUAUUAUAUUGAAGCUUUUAUAUUCAUACACUAUUUGAAUUUUGGA